ACACAGGAGGCAAGCGAGUCUGUAGAGCGAUACCAGGGGAGAAUAACACCGCAGCACAAUCGGGAAUCAGAAUGCAAGACGGGGUAGUUUAGUGCUUUCGGUCUGCUUGUUUCAACGCCGAAUUGCAUAUUGUUAUACAGACAGUGUAUGACACGUUCCGUGACUCGAAAUCCUAAAAUAAUACCACAACAAGACGUGGGCGCAGCUGAAGACGGAAAAUGAAGACGAAUCCGAAAAGCUAGAGUACUGUACGUCUUAUGCACAAGACGUGAAGGUGCUGGCUGACGUGUACACUCGGUGCACUGGGUAUGGGCUCCGGGAGGUCGUUCCGCAGGUCUGGGGGCGACAGAGCCGGGGAGCUCGGGUCUCCCGGGGUUCGGAGUCUCUUGCCGAGAACGGGUCUUGGGUCCGAAGCGAGAGCACGUGCGGGCGUCUUGGGCGGGUUUAAGAGUUCAAUGAUAUCGUCAGGAACCAAACGGCUGUGACCGCCCUGUCCACGCCGGUUUUUAUCACCCUGUCCCUUCCACCGUCCUCUUCCCCUCCCUCUCCCUCUCCUUCAGUCUCAUUUAUCGGCUUUUUAAAAGGCUGUAGAAAUAGCUCCAAUAAAAGAUUUCCGCUCGGUCGUCGUCUUCGAUAUGGAGGCGGACGACGAAAAGCGGGAUCUCACCUUCACGUAGCGAGUGAACCGGCCGAAGACCAGCCGCCUUCGUGAGCAGCACCUAUCAGGCCUGGACAGCAGAGCGACGCUGGGCGUCAGGAGUCGGGUUUUUGUUUUUUUUCGCGAAGGGUUUCUGUUAUCGAUAACACUGCUUAUCGAAAACAUCUGCCUCAUCGCCAGUGGGCUGGAAUUGCUCUUGACGACCUCAAAUAAAUAUUCACUAAUUCACAAUAACAAUCGGGAUUUGCACCGCCCAACCCCACGCUUUUGAACGGGGAAAUCACGUAACAGGUCAACUUGAUGUGAUUCUGGCAGCAGAUGGUUUAGAUCGAGCGCGCAUGAAGUCACCUGGGACGGAUGUGUAUAUAUAGAACUCAUGUGUUUUCCUCAGUAAGCGCCAAGUGCAGUUACUCCCGAUGUUCGUCUGUGCUCGCUGCUGAAGCUGUGUGUGGACAGCGGGGACGAGCAAGAGGAAAAGACUUCGCAUCUCCGACGAAAGUCAAAAGAGGCUCAUCUUGACCAGCAGCCCUCAGACAUGACAAGGCUGCACUCCUCCUCUCCCCCCUUACUCCUCUUACCCCUCUCCCUCCUCUUCCUCCUUCCCUUCUCCUGCCCUUCCCAUGCUAGGGAGUCUGAACUCACUGUCUCCACCCGGCUGGGGCGUGUGAGGGGGGUGCGCCUCACCGUCCCCGACAGGGGUCACAUCAACGCAUUCCUGGGCAUCCCCUUUGCUGAACCCCCUGUGGGCAAGAUGCGCUUCCGCCGGGCUGAGGCCAAAAAGCCCUGGCAGGGGGUCCUCGAGGCCACGUCAUACCCUAAAACCUGCUAUCAAUACGUGGAUACCUCCUAUCCGGGCUUCCCUGGCACCGAGAUGUGGAAUCCCAACCGGGAGAUGAGUGAGGACUGCCUGUAUCUCAACAUAUGGGUGCCGUCCCCACGGCUCAACAACCUCACCGUCAUGGUCUGGAUCUACGGGGGAGGAUUCUACAGCGGCUCCUCUUCCCUCGAUGUGUAUGAUGGGCGCUAUCUGGCUCACUACGAGAAGGUGAUUGUCGUCUCCAUGAACUACCGCGUUGGGGCAUUUGGGUUCCUAGCCUUGCACGGCUCCUCGGAGGCGCCCGGAAAUGUGGGUCUGUUGGACCAGAGAAUGGCGCUGCAGUGGGUCCAGGAUAACAUCCAGUCUUUCGGCGGCAACCCUAAGCAGGUGACCAUCUUUGGGGAGAGUGCAGGAGGCGCCUCAGUGGGCAUGCAACUCCUCUCCCCAGACAGCCGCCCCACCUUUACUAGGGCCAUCAUGCAGAGCGGGGUGCCAAACUGCCCCUGGGCCACGGUGACCCCUGCAGAGGCCCGCCGCCGGGCCACCCUCCUGGCCAAGUUAGUGGGCUGCCAAGGAGGAAAUGACACUGAGAUCGUGGACUGCCUGCGGUCCCACCAGCCUCAGGACCUAAUCGACCAGGAGUGGCUUGUGCUUCCCUAUAACAGCCUCUUCCGUUUUUCCUUCGUGCCCAUGGUGGAUGGCAUGGUCCUGCCUGAGAACCCAGAGGCCAUGCUAAGCUCGGGCAACUUCAAGGACACCCAGAUCCUCCUGGGUGUCAACCGUGACGAGGGGUCCUACUUCCUUCUCUAUGGGGCCCCUGGGUUCAGCAAGGACAACGAGAGCCUCAUCACGCGGGAGGACUUCCUCGAGGGGGUCAAGCUCAGCGUUCCCCAUGCCAACGACAUCGGCCUGGAGGCGGUGGUGCUGCAGUACACCGAUUGGAUGGACGAGAACGACGCAAAAAAGAACCGGGAUGCCAUGGAUGACAUCGUGGGAGACCACAACGUCAUCUGCCCCCUGCUGCACUUCGCCAGCUCGUACGCGCAGCAUGCCUCCCUCCGUGCGCAGGCCUCUUCCAUGUCUCCAGCAUCCUCCGGAGCAGCAGGCAGUUCUGCAGGACCAGAUGGAGCUGCAGGGAGUGUCUACGCCUAUUUCUUCGACCACCGGGCCUCCAACCUGGUGUGGCCGGAGUGGAUGGGCGUGAUCCACGGCUACGAAAUCGAGUUCGUCUUCGGGCUGCCGCUCGAGAGCCGCCUGAACUACACGGCCGAGGAGGAGAAGCUGAGCCGCAGGAUCAUGAGAUACUGGGCCAACUUCGCGCGGACUGGAAACCCCAAUAUCAACGCCGAUGGCAGUGUGGACCCCCGGAGCAGGUGGCCAGUGUUCACUGCCAGAGAGCAGAGCUACGUGAGUCUGAACAUGGAGCCGCUGAAAGUCCACCAAGGGCUCAGGACUCAGCUGUGUGCCUUCUGGAACCGAUUCCUGCCCCGCCUGCUCAACAUCACUGACAACAUCGACGAGGCAGAGAGGCAGUGGAAGGUGGAGUUCCAUCGCUGGAGCUCCUACAUGAUGCACUGGAAGAGCCAGUUUGACCACUACAGCAAGCAGGAGCGCUGCGCCGACCUCUGAACUCUGAUCCCCGCCGGGAGCGCGCGUGUGUAUAUGUCUGUGUGUGUGAGCGAAUGCGCCUGUAGCAGGUUGUGUGCGUGUCGCUCUCAGAGGGCCAGGGUCCCGGUCUCUGCAGCAGUGGGCUGCUGUGCAGGAGCGUUGGACCGCCAGUCUGUCGGUGUGCAUGUGUGUAUCAGGGUCUGACUGGGAGAUCUCCACUGACAGGCACACUAGGAUCCUGUGUAAAUGAGACAUUUGAUGUCGUUCUCACUUUAACUUUAUUUUUCCAGCAGGCGGAAGCCUGUCUGGCUGUUUGUCCCUCCGUCUGUCCGUCUGUCUGUCUGUGGGUCCAAUCAAAGCUGCUGAGCCAACCCAGGAAGCAGGAUUCACACUGUCAGUCCUGCACUGAGCUCUUUGUGUACUGUGCUGGUGUGUCAGUGUGUGUGUGUGCGCACUAGAACCUUUCACAUCAGCCUGCUGAUCACUUUGUCUCUCUCUCUCUGUGGCUUGUUCCCGCCUUGUCCUUAUCUGAGCAUGGACAAUCAGGACUGGCCUGUAAGUCCUGGCUGUGGAGCCCGGAGCACUCAGACUCAUCUUUCUGCUGCAGGUGGACUGGAUCUCAGCUGCUUUGACACCCCUCACCUGGGCAAGGGGCUUGUCCCGUCCAGACCUUCACCGUCCCCAGUAAUUGAUGGGAUCUGGUUAUCUUACUGGAGGGGUUUUAAUUUAUUCCAGUCCCUACCCCCUAGAGAGAGCAGAAGUCAAACAGGCAGAGAAGGUGACAUCGUGCACACACGCACUCGCACACAGUACCAGUCCAUCUUGAGCGAGGUUAACACUUCUGUCUGCCUCUUCAUUCAACCUCACUGAUACUUACGGGUUUAUCCAGUUUAAAAUGGUGUCUGUCUGUCUGUCUGUGUGUCCAGCCGAUUUCUCUUACUGGUACGGGUUUCUGCAAUUCCAAACUGUCUGUCUGGCCUUUAUCUGGAUCCUCUCAGUGUGACCUCUGACCUCAAUCCCGUCUGUCUCUAAAUUAUAGCAUUAUUUUGUAUAAACAAAACACUGUGCUACGGGUCCUUGGGUGUGUUUUGAAUGGUCAGAGGGUCUCCCAGCGUGUAUUUGGUUGGUUUUUGACUUUGUGUCAGUGCAUGUCUCUCUCCCCUCAAUGGCCUCUCUGUCUUUUACACUGGUGUAGAAUAGCGGAGCUGUAAAAAAAAAAAAAUCCUAGCUCGUACUCGAAACAGCCGAACAGAUCAUCUGUCCAUACCGACGGAACGGAAGAUGGUCCAUCACCCGGAUGUGGGAGAACGUGUGUGCGCUUCGGACGAGAGCGGGAAUGGGAGAGACGGCCGCUCCGGACGCCCCUCGUCCAACAGGGGGCAGCAGUCGCGCUGCACCCCCUCCGGAAAGCCCUCGUGCAUGCCUCGAGCCCGCGCCCCGUGUUCCCAGUGUCGUGACUGUCCUUUCACUGUAACAUAGCCGCGUGCCGACCUGUUGAGUUUGCGAUGGGAAACUAUUAUAGCAGCUCUAAGAUUUAUUAUACUGAUGAUGUUAGCAAUAAUAGAAUAUAAUUAUUAAGGAUAUUUAAUAUAUAAUAACUACAAUGAAAUGUAUGAGAUUAUUAUUACUAUGGCAAUGUCUGGAAACGGUUAAAUUAAAGUGUCAUAUUUUGUAUUUUCUGUUUGCACUUUAACCUACCACAUGCAUUACAUAUGACUGUAGAGCUAAUUCUUUUUUUUUUUAAUUAUUAUUAUAUUUUUACCAAUUUACGCUGAGGCGUGUGCGUCUCUGUGUGAGCAUAUGAACUCUCCGCCCAGUUGAGAAAAAGCACACCGCCAGGCCUGGACUUCCUUUGCGGCGACGGUUCAUUUAGCUGGUUUAAUAGACUGUCCUUGGUCUCCCUCUGGCGGUGGGAGUGUAGGACUGCAGCCUUCCUUUCCUUUUCUUUUUCACUGUGAUGUGUGCCGCCGGGAGACGCGCCAGAUUCCUGCUGUCGAGUGCCGGGAUCUAGACCACUGCUGUUGCUCGCAGGCUCGGAAAUAAUGAGUGGAAAUCCGUCUGCACUCGUUAGUUUGUUUUUACGCGUGAGGUCGCGUCAGUCUGUAAGCGUCAGGGGCCAGCACCGUCUGGUAGCAACACCUCCAUUGAAGGAUUUUGUGGAUCAGAAACCCAUAUCCUUUCACAUAUUUUGCUGCACUCCAUCUUGUGGGGGAAUUCGCGGGCACCACACUGGGGAGAUAUGAAGAAAUGAGGGAUGCCUGCGCUGUCUUGGUGUAGUAGUAUCCUGCAAGAUACUGCAAAAAAACAAAAUCCUGCGAAAAGUCAGGAGUAAUACAGGACUUUCCCCUGUGUGCUCAGUGAGUGUCUGGAAUCCCGCUGGGCAGAGAUCCGCGCACAGUCUCUGUCUCUGGGGGCAGAGACUCUCAGCGUGGCCCACAGUUUCGCGAGAAGCGAUGGGGUUCGAAGCAGUGGAGGAGCCCAACUGCCUGUCAGAGGAGGGGUUCUCUGCCGUGGUCAUUGGAGAAGAUAAUUACCCCUCGGUCGCUGCGCUGUUGCCCUCAGAGGUGCUGCCGAGUGCAGUGAAGAACACAGAGGGCACCCAGUGUUUCAUUUUGAUGAGCCAAGGAAAUGUGUCGUUUUCUCUGUAGGUGGUGGCGCCAACCCAGUGCCGCCGGUCAUCUGUGAACCUGUUAGUGCUGCUUCAGUAUUCAACAGGGAUCAUUCCAGACAUUGCCAUCCCCCCCCCUCAUGUGCCAAAGUGAUCUGCUUUGACUGCGGUGUCUGGAAACUCUGCAUGGCAUAACUGUGUAUCCUGUCCGGUCUCCUGGCACCCACCAAGAGCAGUGACAAUAAAGGAAAAGUGAAAU